CCGCAUAGUUAUACGUUUGACUUGUACCUCUUGAACCUCUAACGCUGCUGAGUAAGGAUGGAUAGUGUCGACGUCCUUAGCUUCCUAAGCGGUGUUCGGGACGUUUGCGAACUCUUGGCAGCUUUGCCUCGCUAUUGCAAUGCCGCUGGAAUCGAGGCCCUAGAGGCCAUUGUCGUUAGGGCUUUCGUUCGGAGCCAUCAGCCAUGUCAACAAUGCGCAACGACCGCAGGUUCCGGCAGCACACCCUUUCCUUCGGAGCCGAAGGACGACAGUGUCACACACGACAUGCUCCUAAUAGCCCAACUGUGUAUCUCUCAGGACGUGGCGCAAGCUACCUACCACCAUCACGACCCAAUCACCGAGCUCGGCCGGCUUGCCGUUCAGCGCAUAGCUUCCUCCGUGCUCCACAACUCGGCUCUCGAUGAGCGACAACUCACGCUCGCCCUUGCUGUAUCCACAGUCAGCAACGUCCUUGCGGCCAGGCACUUGUGCCUUGCUGCGCUGCAAGCAUCAGUCAACCCCAGCAACUGCUUCAGCAUCUUCCGGUUCGCUGACGUAUGCGCCAUCAUGCCGCUGCGGCAAGCUGCCGGCCGGUGCUGUCUGGCCCACAUGCCCUGCGGUGCUGGCCCGGCGCAGGACGUGCAGGGCUUUAGCUUGCUGCUGCCGGAGCAGCUCACAAGCCUGCUGCAGGCAAACUCGCUGCAGGUCCCAUCCGAGAUCGCCGUCUUCAAAGCCAUCACCGCCUGGGUCCACGCCAACCCCAGUGAGCGUACGGCACUCAUGGGAGAUCUUGUACGGAACUGUGUACGGCUCGGUACGGCAGAUUUGCGCGAGCUGGAGCAGUUGGAUCAAGAUCCCGAGGUGCAGGCCAGUGUACAGCUCACCCGCAUUGUGGCCUACGCAUACGUAUCACGGCUCAUGGGCACGGCGACGCAAUGCCAGGGGAAGAGGUGCCGUGUCGUACAUGAGGCCCAUGCAACGGCUGCCGUACCUACGCGCGGCUCAUCCGUAGCUUCUCCUGAAGGGGCUACUGUGUACGACCGGGCGGGUGCUGGUGAGGUGCAGCGGUAUGUGAGGCGGCGGUUGGUUGCGUAGGGGGCGGAUGCUGCAUGGAAGUCUGUUGGCGUGCUGGAAAAUGAAGCGAUGUAGACUGUUUUGUCCUGGGCUUUAUGCUGUUAUCCUGGGUUGCGACGUUUCAGAGAGCUUAGCUGAUAAUGUCAUUAUUGGUACGUAGGAGGUAGGAGGCUCUAAUGUGUCGCCGCUACUGGCAACCGCUCGCUUCCGAGCCAGUUUGCAUGCCACCCAAGUGGUCACCUAGGUAGCAUUACUAAAGCAGGAUGGAAAUGCAACCAUGGUUGUGACGUGACUUGUGGGCCCUUCAUGUUGAUGCCGCAGACGGCAUUAUAGGGUGAAGGUGUGGAGGCUCAACAUGUGAAUCACCAUAAUACCUAUGUCCAUCUACUGGUAUAUAUGGGUACGAUAUGCACCAUGAGACUCGUGUGGCGUUUCGGAGCGUUGUGAUAUACGUUCGUGAUGGAUAUGUGUAUGUGGCGCUGCAACAUGUGCCCUGUUGAUUAUUACCACUCAUUGCGGCUAGGCUGCUUGCGGACAGGUUUACAACCAGGAUGCAACGUAUUAGGUAUUACUAAUGCUCCAUUAUGCGCACUCAAGUGUCAACUUUGGGCUACAUCUUGGCUAGCUACCUUCCCUCAACACGUGCAUGCCCAGCCAAACGGUCAACAUGUUCAACGGAGCACUACCACAGGCUAGCCCCCAAACGUACGGAGCAUGCUAAAAGGCUAGUCAUGUUCUGCUUCCAACAUGC